AACAAUGAAAAGAGAUGUGUAACACUCAGUCGUGGUCACAGCCACACUAAGAAGCUAAGGUUAAUGCUAUGAAGUUCCAUGAUCUUAUCUAUUAUUUUUAAGGCUAUAUGCUGAUCAUCGUGAACUAUUUCUGCCAAGAUUAAUAGCAGACGCCCCGUCUUAUUUUGAUGACGUUUACAGUUUGUUUCCUGGCAAACUGGUACUGGAUGGGUAUAAGCGGUUUUUUUUUUUUUUUAAACUUGGAGAAACACAUUUCUUCCCGUCAAACAGCUGGAAUCUUAGAUGGAGUGAGUGUUGAGGCCCAGUGAGAUGACUGACCAGGGCAACAACAAUCAGAACAUCUCCUGCAACCCCUUCGCUGCCCUCUUCAGCUCAGUGGCUGAUGCCAAGCAGUUUGCAUCGCACCAGAAACCACAACAGAAGCCUGAUGAGCCACCACGGGAGGACUCAGGAGGGAGCCAGUCAGAGUCAGAAAACUCAGUGUCAGAUAGCGUCGAUGACAAUGACGACUCAGUGGCAGAGAUCAGCCGCUCCUUCCGGUCCAGGCAGGAGCUGUGUGAACAGCUCAAUGUCAAUCACAUGAUCCAGCGAAUAUUUCUUAUCACACUGGACAACAGUGACCCCAGCCUGAGAGGAGGUAAUGGGAUCCCUCCUCGCUGUGUGUACCUGGAAGAGUUGGCUGCAGAUCUGGAUGGACAGGACUGGCUGGACAUGGACAACAUAGAGCAGGCUCUGUUUAACCGACUGCUGCUCCAAGAGCCAGGUAACCACCUGAUCUACAUGACGUCAUGCAGCGCUGUUAACCUGUCUGCCGACCGUGAUGCUGGGGAGAAAUGUGCCAUCCCGUACCUUUUUGCUUGUUACCAGAGGGCCAAAGAAGAGGUGACAAAGGUACCAGAGAAGUUACUGUCGUUUGCUGUUCGCUGUAAGAACCUGACAGUUUCUAACACACGGACAGUUCUGCUCACCCCAGAGAUCUACAUCAGCCAGAAUGUCUACGAACAGCUUCUGGACCUGCUGCUGGAAGCUUUCAGCGGAGCGCAGCCAGAGGAGGUGGUUGAGUUUGUGGAGGAGGUCAUCACUGGCCUGCUGUCCGACCAGGAGGUGCGUACCUUCGAGGAGGUGAUAGUGCCAGUGUUCGAUAUCUUCCAGGGACGCGUCAAGGACUUGGACCUGUGCCAACCCCUCCUCUACUCCUAUCUAGAUGUUCUCCUUUAUUUCAGCCACCAUAAAGAUAUUGCCAAGGUAUUAGUGGAACACAUUCAGCCCAAAGACCCAGCUAAUGGUUUGCAGUACCAGAAGAGCCUCCUAGGGGUAGUACUGAGUAUCUCCUGCCUGUUAAAAACCCCAGGUGUGGUGGAAGGACAUGGCUACUUCCUGAACCCCUCCCGCUCCAGUGCUCAGGAGACAAAAGUCCAGGAAGCCAACAUCCACCAGUUCAUGGGCCAAUUUCACGACAAGCUCCACCAGAUAUUGAAAAACCUGCUCCAGCAAUCUGGUGAGACGCGCCACCUGCUGCUGUCUUGGCUGGGAAGCUGUCUGCAGGCUAAUGCUGGUCGAGCCAAGAUUUGGGCAAAUCAAAUGCCAGAGAUCUUUUUCCAGAUGUAUGCCUCAGAUGCGUUCUUCUUAAACCUGGGUGCAGCUCUGGUGAAGUUGUGCCAGCCCUUCUGCCGACCACAUUCGCCCAAACUGCUCACCUUCAACCCCACCUACUGUGCCCUCAAAGAGCUGAGCGAAGAUGAGAGGCGUAAUCGCAAUGUGCACGCACGAGGUCUUGACAAGGAAACCUGUCUGAUCCCCGUACCCCCUCAGCAGCUGGUCGAGUCCGCACAGUCUUACAGCCUGCUAACUGAAAACCUUAUCCUUACACAGCUCACCUUGCAUCUCGGCUUCCACAGACUUCAUGAGCAGAUGGUGAAGAUGAACCAGUCUCUCCACCGGCUCCAGGUGACGUGGCAGGAGGCUCAGCGAACAGGCAGCCCAAUGUCAGAGCAGCUCUUGGAGCAAUUUGAGCGUCUGAUGAUUGUUUAUCUAUCAACCAAAGCUGCCACUACGCAGCCCGCCAUGCUGCAAUGCUGCCUUAACCUCCAGGCUUCCACUGCUGCUCUGCUGGUUCAGCUUAGUAUGGGAAAUCAGGGGCCUGAACAUGUAGCACUCAGUUUUCCCCUGCCCUCCCUACAGAAUUCUAUGCUCUGCUAUGUUCCAGAGUUUUUUGUAGAGAAUUUGGGGGAUUUUUUCAUCUUUCUGCGGAGAUUUGCGGACAGUGUUUUGGAGACUUGUGCGGAAAGUCUGGAGCAGAUUCUUAACUUUAUCACCAUCUUCAUGGGUAAUGUAGAGAGGAUGAAGAACCCACAUUUAAGAGCAAAGCUGGCAGAGGUCUUAGAGGCGGUGAUGCCCCACAUGGAGCCACUGGCUCCUGGUGCUCCUCAGCCGAUCGUGUUCCAACGAGAGAUGGUCUUCUGCUCCUACAAACAUGCGCCUCAGCUGGCCGAGGCCAUCAUCAUUGUGUUUGUAGACAUUGAAUUCACAGGUGAUCCUCAUCAGUUUGAACAGAAAUUCAACUACAGGAGACCCAUGUAUCCCAUCCUCAAGUACAUGUGGAGCAAAGAAAACUAUAGAGAGAGUAUCAAGCAUCUGGCAGAUUAUGCAUCCCAGAACCUGGAGGCCAUGAACCCCCCUUUGUUCCUCAGGUUCCUUAACCUACUGAUGAAUGAUGCCAUCUUCCUAUUGGAUGAGGCUAUUCAGUACCUGAGCAAAAUCAAGGUUCUGCAGCUGGAGCGGGAUCGGGGAGAGUGGGAAGGCCUGGCCCCUGAUGCCCGAAGAGAGAAGGAGUCGAACCUGCAGAUGUUUGGACAGCUGGGACGUUUCCACAACAUCAUGUCCAAUGAAACCAUUGGCACACUGGCCUUCCUCACCUCGGAAAUCAAAGGCAUUUUUGUGCACCCCUUCCUGGCUGAGAGGAUCAUCUCCAUGCUGAACUACUUCCUGCAGCACCUUGUGGGUCCUAAGAUGGGCGCCCUGAAAGUAAAGGACUUCAGUGAGUUUGAUUUCAAGCCCCAGCAGCUUGUUUCUGACAUCUGCACCAUCUACCUGAACCUGGGCGACGAGGAGGAUUUCUGCGCUACAGUCCCAAAAGAUGGACGAUCGUAUUCUCCCAUGCUCUUCUCCCAGACAGUUAGGGUACUAAAGAAGAUCAAUAAACCUGGGGACAUGAUUGUUGCUUUUGGACUCCUUGCUGAUAAAAUAAAGUCUCAUGCAGACAGACAACAACAGGAAGAGGAGACAUAUUCUGAUGCUCCAGAUGAAUUCUUGGACCCCAUCAUGUCUACUCUGAUGCUGGAUCCUGUUCUUCUACCCUCUUCCAAUGUAACAGUAGACCGCUCAACUAUAGCAAGGCAUCUCCUUAGUGACCAGACAGACCCUUUCAACCGCAGCCCUCUAACCAUGGACCAGAUCAGGCCAAAUGAGGAACUCAAACAGCAGAUCUUACGGUGGCUGGACAAGCAUAAGCAGGAGAGGCUGCAACUGGGACCCAGUGGCUAGCCUUGAUCUCUCACUGUGACAAACAAUAACUGCAUCCUUGUUUUCUUUCCUGCCCCACAUCUCGUGUGCCCUCUGCUUUUUGGCUAAUCCAUGGUGUGCUUGCAUCUGGAUUUCUUCUGACUCCUCUGGUCUGAUUAACAUUGCAUUAGACUUUUCAUGCAGCCUUCAUGCUCUGUGGGUUCUCUCUGUGACAGCAGUCCAGGCAAACUGUUGCUCAUCAGCUGGUGGCAACUUCAGUGACCGUACAAAGUAGCUGUUUGAUUCCCACAGUGUCUUGUGGAGGUAAUACAACCACUGGUCCUUUCUCCCUGAAUGCUGUGUAUUAAUCAGUCAUAUUGCAAUUGGAACUGUGGCCAGAGGUGAGACUCUCAACAGGACUUGUUGAAUGGACUGUAUGAACUCAUGAUUGGCCAGCUGAACAAAACAUGAUUUUAUAAUGCAAGAGUAAGCAUUUCUGGGAAGUCGUGAGACAGAACAGGGAUGGAGUCAUGAUUUGACCUUGAUUUCACCUUCAUGAAGAGUACAUCAUACACUGCCUACUGCAUUCUUGAAAAUCCUAUAUUUUAGCAUUUUUGGUUAAAUCUCAAGCAACACUGUAAAUAAACUUAACAAUUAAAAGUAAGAUGUAAGUAACACCGA